AUAAACAUGGCGGGACGUUCAAAUCCUCCGCUGUCCGUCAGAACCAACAAACGGACAACAUCAUAAAGAACUGCCCGGCUUGAACCGUCGACCGUCCGCCGGAUCACCGCCCGCCGCCCGGCCGCUCAACAUGAACGGAGGCCGGAGGAGCUUCGACCCUCCGGCCGGUACAGCCAGACCCAGAGCGAGCCGCCUGAGCCGCAGCCUGAGACAGACCCAGGCGGAGGCGGAGGUGGAGUCUCUGCAGAGGCAGCAGUCAGACUUUAAGACUCCCACCAGAGUGCUGAGGUCCAGACCAGCAGCAGAGUCUCCUCAGAAUGACGGCAACCUUCAGCAAGACAUCUUCUGGGACGCCACGUCUCCUCACGGUAAAAGAGGCAGGAAGCAAAUUGCUGGAGUCGUGGACAUCUCAGAGAUCGUCAGCAGGAUCGCUCCAAAGCACGGCAGGCCGACGGUUGCCGAGCCGACGCUGCAGCAGUGGAUCGGAGACAGCGCUACUAUCCCCUGCACUCCGGACCUUCAUCCUCCCAAACCCAAGAAGAAAUCCCCGAGACCGAACGCGGUGGAACAUCUGCUGAAACUCGCCCGACAGUUUGACUUCAGCCUGUUCCAUCAGGAUGAAGACGAGGAGGAGAACCAGAACCAGCAGCUUCUGUCGGAGAACCUUCGGGUCUUUGACAGCAGCAAAUCUUCAGCUUCACUUCCUGGAAGCUGUCGGUCGACUGAGAGCGCAGCGACCCGGACUGACGUUCAGCUUCAUCUGGAUCAGAAUCUGGAGGACGACCUGGACCUUCUGUUCAACGGAACGACCCAACAUGUGAGCAGAAACCUGAGUCAGGCGUCACACGGUGGAGCUGCUCCCACUUCUUCUUCUGGUCCAACCGAGUUCGAGGACGACUGGGAACACGAUGACCUGUUAGAUGACUCCUUGUUGCUGGAGAUGACCCAGAACCCGCAGAACUUCACCACCCCGAAGCACUGCUCCACCCAGAAACCCGACCAGGGGACUCCUGCUGCUGCCGGUGCCACCAGCCGACCGCCUGGAGCCACAGCAGGGAAUGAGAACCUGAGACCAAGGACUACUUUCAAACUGGAGUCUCAUCCUGGUUUCUCAGGCAGAGGAAUCCCAACCGACAACAGAACCAAGCAGCAGAACUCAGCAGCAGCAGGUGGAGACAGCAGGUCAGCUCAGCUGGAACCACAGAACCCACAGCUUCAUCAGAAGGUUUCUGCUGCUGCUUCAUCAACAAGUCAGAGGAAACCUGACGUCUACCACAGCAAGACCUCUGCCGCCUCUGAGGACCUGGACCUGGACCUGGACUCUUUGUUCUCGUUGGAGCCAGUGUGGGACGACCCGGCUGAUGACGACCUGCUGUGUGAAAUGUGUGAACACCUGGAGAACCAGAUCCAUGGCUUGGACAACAUGCUUUCCAAUCAGAGAGCAGCUCUGCAGUGGACCAGAAGAACCUGGGACGACCCAAUCCAGCCUCCUCAGAAACAUUCUGCUGGUCCCACUGGUCCUGCUGGCGUCUUAUUGGCUGCUGCUGGUCCUGCUGGCAUCUCAUUGGCUGCUCGUGGUGCUGCUGGUGUCUCAUUGGCUGCUCGUGGUACUGCUGGCGUCUCAUUGGCUGCUGCUGGUCCUGCUGGCGUCUCAUUGGCUGCUGCUGGUCCUGCUGGCGUCUCAUUGGCUGCUGCUGGUCCUGCUGGCGUCUCAUUGGCUGCUGGUCAUAUGCCUGUCAGCAGCCUCACCAAAGAACACUUCAUGUUUAAGAGGCCAAGCAACUCAGUUUCCAUGAUGACCGCCAACAAAGCUAAAUGUUCGGCGGCUGAGAUCGAGCUGAAGAAGCAGCAGGCGAUGGAGAGGAGGCGGCAACGACUGCAGGCCCAGAACCGCCGAGAACCGACCUGACGGAGUAGAACCGACCUGAUGGAGCAGAAACGACCUGGAGGACCAGAACCGACCUGAAGGACCAGAACCGACUCGUAAAUGUCCUCCUGGAGGUUGAUACAGACACUCAGAGCUGCUUGUUCGAACAGCACCUUUAAACUACAAACAUUAAACUGUCAUCGGUUUUAAAUCAUGUUUUAUGGUUUUUAGAGGAACAGUUGGAGGUUCUUUCAAUUCUAACGUGUCCAGAUGAACAUGUCUGGGACAGAACAGCAUUUAUCAGAGCUUUUAAUUUUCAGACGUUAAUCAAACUGCAUCGGUCUGAUUCGAUCUUCCGGUUUGUGUCGGUAGAGUCUGAGGACUCUAUGAAGACAGUUACAGGUCGCUUCACUUUGAUGAUCGGUUGAUGACAAUGAUUCAGAAACUUGUGAACGAUGCUGUGAUUGUUCCUCGAAACAGAACUCAAACUUUUCUUUAGCUCAGUGAUCGAUUAUCGAUGCCAAUAUUUUAUUUUAUCUGAUGGUUAUCUCUUAAUAAACGUAAUGAUCUGCUUCGGCUCUGGUCAUUCUCCUCCGUCUGAUGUCACUGUGGUCUCAGUGAAGGCCCAACCACAGCUCGCUGACUGGUUGCAGUAACAGCCAUUUACUGACAGCUGUUGUUUACACAGCGAGACAGACGAGCACAUUAUCAGACUGCAGCAGCUCGGUGAAUUAGCAGCUGGAAGUGAUUCUGCUAACCGUGCUACGCUAAUGCUAACACCGAGAGGUUAGCUGUGCCUCUUAGCAUGUGGAUAACUAUCUGGAGCAGCGUAACAUCGUUCUAAAAUCACACUAACUUUAAAUCUAAGUGACAGAAAAACAACCUGAGCGAGAGCCACGAACAUCUCCACAAAUCAGGACAUUAGCUUUUUCACAGUGGCUAAUGCUAUGCUAACAGCUAGCAGCUAAGUUAGCAGGCAGCCACAGAUUAGACUGAAACAGAAUCUGAAAAACAAUAACUGCUAAAGCAUAAACAUCUGGACCUCAGUGGAAAAUAAGAGAAAGAAAACAGACGGACAGCAGGAGACAAACUGUUAUUGAUCUCAAUCCAUCGAUCAGUAAACAGAAGAGAACAUCUUCGAGUCGUGAUGCUCUGACAUCAUCGCUUCUGUUUCUGUUGUACAUAUUCAAUAAUCUUUAUUAAUGGAGUCCAGACGGGUGGAGUCCCUACAGGUGGAGUCCCUACAGUACAGUGUACAGUCCCUAACUCACCUGUAAUGCCUGUAGUUCACCUGUAAUAACAACCACCCUCCAUCAGGUCUGUAGACCCGUUUCUCUUCCAGAUUUGCUGUUUUGACUUUUUGAUUUUCUCUGCGGUGUUUUCUAAUAGAAGCUCUGACACAUAGACUCUCUGGAACGUCUGGAUUAUUUCCUGCUUUUAUGUUGACAGUAAAUAUCUGGAGCGUUUCUCUGUUGUUGUGUGUUGAACAAAUUACACAA